AUGCGGGCGGCGGCGGGGGGCGCGCGGGCGGCGGCGCUGGCGCUGCUGCUGGGGGCGCUGCACGGGGCGCCGGCGCGCGGCGAGGAGUACGACUACUACGGCUGGCAGGCCGAGCCGCUGCACGGCCGCUCCUACUCCAAGCCGCCGCAGUGCCUCGACAUCCCCGCCGACCUGCCGCUGUGCCACACGGUGGGCUACAAGCGCAUGCGGCUGCCCAACCUGCUGGAGCACGAGAGCAUGGCCGAGGUGAAGCAGCAGGCGAGCAGCUGGCUGCCACUGCUGGCCAAGCGCUGCCACUCGGACACGCAGGUCUUCCUCUGCUCGCUCUUCGCGCCCGUCUGCCUCGACCGGCCCAUCUACCCGUGCCGCUCGCUGUGCGAGGCGGUGCGCGCCGGCUGCGCGCCGCUCAUGGAGGCCUACGGCUUCCCCUGGCCCGAGAUGCUGCACUGCCACAAGUUUCCCCUGGACAACGACCUCUGCAUCGCUGUACAGUUCGGGCACCUGCCUGCCACCGCGCCUCCAGUGACCAAGAUCUGCGCCCAGUGUGAGAUGGAGCACAGCGCCGACGGCCUCAUGGAGCAGAUGUGCUCCAGCGACUUCGUGGUCAAAAUGCGCAUCAAGGAGAUCAAGAUAGAGAAUGGGGACCGGAAGCUGAUUGGAGCCCAGAAAAAGAAGAAGCUGCUGAAGCCGGGCCCCCUGAAGCGCAAGGACACCAAGAGGCUGGUGCUGCACAUGAAGAAUGGGGCGGGCUGCCCCUGCCCGCAGCUGGACAGCCUGGCAGGCAGCUUCCUGGUCAUGGGCCGCAAGGUGGACGGACAGCUGCUGCUCAUGGCCGUCUACCGCUGGGACAAGAAGAAUAAGGAGAUGAAGUUCGCAGUCAAAUUCAUGUUCUCCUACCCCUGCUCCCUCUACUACCCCUUCUUCUACGGGGCCGCAGAACCCCACUGA